AUGGAGAAUGCAUCAUUCGUAUGGAAAGAUACUCCGUCUCUAUUUUCUCUCAAUCUCAAAGUCAGCAGCGGUAAUUUGGUAGGAGUUACAGGUGCCAUCGGUGCCGGCAAGUCCACUUUACUAGCUGCGAUUCUCGGUGAGAUCAAUCUUUUCAGUGGAAAACUACAACUUUAUGUCGACUCGAUAUCGUAUGCUCCACAAUCGGCAUGGAUAUUUGCUGAUACGAUUCGAGCGAAUAUUCUUCUUGGCAAACCAAUGGAUGAAGAACGCUAUAAGAAUGUCAUAAAGGCAUGUUGUCUCGAUAUCGAUCUACAGAAUUUCGGCGACGUCGGUGAUUUGUUGAUGAUCGGUGAUAAAGGGGUCAAUCUGAGUGGCGGACAAAGAGCUCGAAUAUCGCUCGCACGAGCUCUUUACGCGGAUGCCGACUUGUAUUUACUUGACGAUCCAUUGGCUGCCGUCGAUCCAAAAGUGGCAAAGAAUAUUUUUGAUCAAUGUAUCGGUCCUCGUAGUCUCCUUCGUGGAAAGACUCGAAUAUUGGUUACACAUCAAACACAUUUUUUAGUUGAAUCCGAUCAAAUAAUCGUUAUUAGGAAUGGUCGUAUUGACGAGUUAGAAACUGAAAAACAAGCUGUUGUUGAGCAGUCUAAUGAAACAUCAGAAACGGAUGCAUCGAACGACACAGACACAGAUUGGACACCGAACAAAGCAACAACUGAUUCUAAUUCGAUUGUGAAAGAUGAAACGACACUUGAGGGUGGCAUUCAGUGGAAAGUUUGGUUCCAACUGUUUACCUCACCACCAUUACGUUGGUUCGGCGCUUUUGUUAUGAUUAUUUUAAUGCUUGGCAGUGAAGCUUUGUAUGAUUUUACCAACAAUUGGCUUGCUCUGUGUACUGGUCGUUGGCUCGGUUUACGACUCGAUCAUAUGACAUCGUUGCUCACUCUGGUGACUGCUGUACUUGCCGUAGCAUUGCGUCACCAAAUCGAUCCAUCGGCAGCCGCACUUAGUAUCACCUAUUGUAUCACUUUAACGGGUCUCUUUCAAUGGGCGAUUCGACUAUCAGCCGAAGUGGAAAAUUAUAUGACCAGUGCUGAACGUAUUUAUGAAUAUGGUCAGCUUGAAUCAGAAAGUCAUCGAAAUUCGAAUGCAAGCAACGUUCUUGUUCAGCCAAGCAGUGACUGGCCUUCUCAUGGUAUUAUCGAAUUUAAAAAUUAUACUUUUCGCUAUAGACCUGAGCUUGAUCCGGUACUAAAACGUGUGAAUCUACGCAUCGAAUCUAAGGAAAAGAUUGGAAUCAUUGGUCGCACAGGUAUCGUUACUUUUUUUUUCAGCAAUCCAUCUGUAGAGCAUUUGACUACUGUACAAACAUGA